UUAUUGGACAAAUCCUUUCUCCGCUGUACACUAGUUAGUACCCUGAAUAACGUUGAAAUCGAAAGUAGACCACAGCUUGGAAGGGAAAUGGAUGACUUAAAAAAGAGACUCGCUUUUUCAAGUAGGACUAUUCAGUUUCAGGUCCCCGAGCUGACGGUUCUGUUGGAGACCUUGGGCGGUGGAGACGCGUGCCUGUCUGAACUGGCGGGAUCGGUCAUCGCCCGGUUGGUGGAGACUGACUCUCUAGAGCUCACCUUUGCCAUCAACUCGGUGCUCAACCUGGUACCCUCUGCCAAGUCAAUUCUCGGCGUGAUCAAGACGGUGUUUGACCUUUUGACCCUCCAGGCCUUAGCGCUACAAGCUGCGAGCGGUGACUACAAGUGUCCAUACAACCUUCG